AUGAGGCUCAUCAAGCAGAACAUCGAGCAAAAAGAUGGCUCCGGCACGGCGACACUCCUGCCAGAAGAGCCAGAAGAUAUGUGGCACGCAUACAACCUAAUCCGACCCAACGACCUCCUUCGCGCCUCCGCCGUACGGAAGAUCAUUCAAGAAUCCGGCUCCGGCAGCCGCUCAGUAGAUCGAGUUCACACCACCCUCACCAUCCGCGUCACGAAACUGGACUUCGACCCCCAAGCAUCUCAGCUGCACGUGUCAGGAAGAGUCGCCGAAGAGAACAAGCAUGUGAAGCUGGGCAGCUACCACACCCUUGACCUUGAGCUCCAGCGCAAUUUCACGCUCGAGAAGAACGAGGGAUGGGACAGCGUAGCGAUCGACACGCUCAAGGAGAGCAUAAACCAAGAUGCGAAGGCGCAGCUGUGGGCUGUGGUCAUGCAAGAAGGGCUGGCUAACAUCUGCCUGAUCACCGACCACCAGACCAUUCUUCGCCAGCGAGUCGAGACCAGCUUGCCGAAGAAGCGCGCUGGCUCUAGCGACCAUGACAAGUCAGUACAGAGGUUCUAUCAAACGACCUACGACUCGCUGCUACGACAGAUCGACCUCAGCGACCCCAAGCCACUGCUGCUGGCGAGUCCGGGCUUCACGGCGAGCAGCUUUCAACAGUUCAUCAAGACGCAAGCUGCGUCUGGAGCCAAUAAGCAACUUCAACAGCUACUUCAGAAGAUCAUCGUCGCGCAUUCAGCUUCCGCACAUCUCCACAGUCUGAGCGAAGUCCUGGCGAGUCCAGCGGUGACGAGCAAGCUCAGUGAUACGAAGUUUGCGCGGGAGACGCAGCUCAUGGACCGCUUCUUCGAGCUCAUGCGGAACGAUGAUGCGCGAGCGUGGUAUGGCCCGAAGGAGUGCGAGGCCGCUGUAGAAAGGGCUGCUGUAGGGAAGGGUGGGGGCGUCCUGCUGAUCUCAAACGCUCUCUUCCGAAGCCAAGAGAUCAAAACGAGGCAACGGUGGGUGAAGCUAGUAGAUGAGGUGAAGGAACAGGGCGGCGAGGUCAGAGUCCUGAGCAGUAUGCAUGAGAGUGGGAAGAGGCUGGAGGGGCUGGGUGGCAUUGCAGCUAUCCUCACGUACCCGAUUGAGGAUCUGGGUGAUGAGAUUGAGGAGAAUGGUGAGGAGGACGAUGCGUGGAUGAAUGGAGAUGGGAACGGGCAUAUGAACGGCAUAGAGGGUAGACGAGAGUACGACGAGGACAUUGACAUAUGA